AUGCACAAUAAGUUCAUAGUCUCCGGCAUAUCCGUUGCCGCCAUCUCUCUUCUUCCUUCCUGCCCCGCACCUCCCAUCGCUUCUCCCAUUAUCACCGGCCUAGCUGCUCCUCUUGCAGGUAAUCUGCUCAUGAUUGGUCUCAACGGCAACGUCAAGCGUGCUGAGGUCAACGGCGAGGUUCUAUUCAAGCGCCAGUCCUGGCCAGGUGUCCCUGACUACAACAUCCAAAUGUGCCAUGACGCCAACAUUGGCAGAAGCGUGACUGUCACUCAGACCUCCACUUCUUCUUUGAGAAUUGAGAACCUUGCUGCUGAAUGCAUGAACCUCGCUACACUUUUUACCGAGGAGGGAACACCCAGCCCAUGUGGAUCUGCUUGCCUCGAGUACCUCAAUCUCAGCACUGAGGACUACCAGAAGCUCAUGGACAUUAUCAAUAACCUCCUCUAA